CUUUCUCUCAUUGUUUUUUGUGACCAUUUUUUUCAUUCCAAAGUGUGACAAACUCAAAACCAAAACCAAAACCAAAACGAAACCUCCGAAUUCGAAAGCGAGAUUUCGGCCGAACACCAUUGUGUCCCGAUAUCUCGGAUCACUCUGAAACAUCAUCAAUGGCGGCAGGCCAAACUGCAUCAUCCACCGCCGAUCGAGCUCCGGUGGGACCCACAGUGGUGCCACUCCAACCACCUCCCCCUGUGUUAGUCUCCGACUCCUUCGCCAAGGACGCCAUCUUAGCCUGGUUUCGCGGCGAGUUCGCCGCCGCUAACGCCAUCAUUGACGCCCUCUGUGCUCAUCUCUCACAACUCAACUCCGCCUCCGAUUACGACUCCGUCUUCGCCGCCAUCCACCGCCGCAGGCUCAACUGGAUCCCCAUCCUCCAGAUGCAGAAGUACCACUCCAUCGCCGACGUCUCCCUCGAGCUCCGCAGAGUCGCCGAGAAGAAAACGCCCUCGCCGACGACGGAGGCCGACGAAAACGCCGACAACGAGGCUGUCGAGACCGAACAGAAAACGGUGACGGAAAGUGUGGGAAAUGAUGAAGCUGCUGAACACGAGGAGUAUGAUUCCCCAGAGAGCGAGAUUACUGAUUCAGGAUCUCAAGAAAUGCAGGCUAGUUCGAUGAACAUUAAUAUAUGUUCCAAUCAUGAGGAAUGUGAAGGACGUUCUUCACAGUUUAAGUUGACAAAAGGUUUCACAGCAAAGGAGUCGGUGAAGGGGCAUAUGGUGAAUGUUGUGAAGGGAUUGAAGUUAUAUGAGGAUAUUUUCACUGAUUCAGAACUCUGCAAGCUGACAGAUUUUGUGAAUGAGAUCCAUACUGCUGGCCAGAAUGGGGAACUGUCGGGUGAAACUUUUAUACUAUUCAACAAACAAAUGAAGGGAAACAAGAGAGAGCUGAUUCAGCUGGGUGUUCCAAUAUUUGGACAGAUACAGGAGGACGCAAAAACCAAUAUUGAGCCAAUUCCAGCUCUUCUCCAAGGUGUCAUUGAUCACCUUAUUCAAUGGCAUUUACUUCCAGAGUACAAAAGACCAAAUGGUUGUAUCAUCAACUUUUUUGAAGAGGGUGAGUUUUCUCAGCCAUUCCUGAAACCACCGCAUCUGGAUCAACCUGUGUCCACUCUUCUUCUCUCUGAAUCAACUAUGGCUUUUGGACGUAUCCUUAUGAGUGAAAAUGAUGGAAACUACAAGGGGCAACUCAUGCUCUCAUUGAAGAAGGGGGCUCUAUUAGUGAUGAGAGGAAACAGUGCUGACAUGGCAAGGCAUGUAAUGUGUCCAUCCCCUAACAGAAGGGUGAGCAUCACCUUCUUUAGAGUUAGGCCAGACUCCAAUCAAUGCCAAUCACCAACUCCUACCAUGACAAGUGCCAUGGCUAUGUGGCAACCAGGCAUUGCUAGCCCAUAUGCUUUGUCAAAUGGUGCUCUAAGUGGCUAUGAGGGUAUGGACAUGAUGCCCAAAUGGGGAAUGCUUCGAAGCCCAAUGGUGAUGCUAACACCUAUGCGUCCUAUGGUAUUGAACCCCCGCAAACUUGGUGGUGGUGGGACUGGGGUUUUCUUGCCAUGGAAUGUGCCAACUAGAAAACCUGCAAAGCAUCUUCCACCACGUGCCCAAAGAGAAAGGCUUCUUGCAUUACCUUCACCUGUUGAACCACACAUGGGAGAGUCCACUUCCGAACCCAGCAUUUGUGUUGAAGGAUAAGAAUCAAUUUAGUUCGGACUUCUGAAGCAGCAUUGGGUUCAGAGAAAUGUGAAUCAAGAAAGGAAGCUUUCACGCCGUCUCAGCUGUUUGCUCUUACACUUUGGAGCAUUUUAUUUUGUUGUACAAACCGGGCCCAAUCCAGCUGCUGCCAGAGAAGUUUGGUUCAUUCAUUUUUAUAUUUAUUUUUACUUUUCACCCUUUCUCCCAUCCCACUUUUUUACCUCUUAGAUUAGAUUGAUGUGGUGUUCAUAACGGUUUUUUUUUUUUUAUGUUUUCCAAUCACGAUAAGAGCUUUAGUAGAGUAGCUAAGCUUUCAAAUUUGAAGAGUGUGAAUUAUCUCUGACGGUAGCAUUUUGUAAGAGUGACAUUUCAUGUUAAUCAUCUUUUUAGACAAAUCAAAUCGUCACCAGGAUGCAUAGUUUAUGAUCCUCUACUUAAUAUGCCGUUGUUAUAUUGCAAGGUC